AUGCUGUGGGCGCUGCUUACGUCAACCAGCACGUGGGCCACAUUGCCGUGGGGGUGGUGUGUUGUCGCGCCGUACGGGUUUGUCCUGCUCGGCAUGUUCUUCGCUGUUGUGUUCUACUCGGGUAAGGCGUUUAUCAUCAUCUUGGACGGGGCUGCGGUUGCCAUACUGUGGUUGGAUUCCUCAUGGUUGAAAGAAGCUUGGCGCUCGCCAUGGUGCCGUGGGCGGCUGCAGCGUGGUUUCUCGUCGUCUUCGUGGCUCUUCGUCGUCUCUUUCGGGGUGGUGGUAUUGUCCUUCUCUGGGUUGCAUGGCAUCGUUUUCAUCUUGGGCUGCAGGCACUUGGUGUUGUACGUGUACUGA